AUGCCAGAGCAUUGGGUCUUUGUCCCAAAACCUCAUGAAGUAGGUUCAUGGAAAAAGGUUCCAUCAGACUUUUGUCCUUUCAUACCGGUCCGACGAGGACAGUGUAUCAAUGGGGUUACAUAUUACCUAGCUUGGAUUGACAUGUAUAAUUCUGUGCUUGUGAGUUUCGACAUAAGAUCGGAAGAGCUCACAAUGAGCCAAAUACCUCGGAGGGACGACGGAGAUGGAUCCAGGAAGAAUGUGAGUCUUAUAGAGUAUGGUGGAAAAGUUACUCUUCUUGACUCUAACCAUCUUAGAGACAAGGGGAUGUUGGUUUUAAGGGUUCUGGAAGAUGCCGGGAUCAACAAGGAAUGGUCCAAAAAGACUAUGGUUUUGCAUCCUUAUCAGCUGCAUUUAGUCCAAGUAGACAUUAUAUUCAACGUAAACGGUACAAGUCAAAGUGGCAAGCUUGUCUUGAUACCACAGGUUUUGGUUUCUCCCUUUCACAUUCUUUGUUAUGAUCUACAAAGAAACGAUAUGAGAAAGAUUGAAAUCAAAGGUAUACCGGACAACUGGUUUCGUAAACACAAAUUAGAUUAG